UAGCUUAGUGAUGGAGCUAGCUACAAACCACCACGUUUACUUUCCCAGACCGCUCUCUCGUCACCAGUUAAAAGUAACCCAGAAAUCUCACUUUAACCGGCGCAGGGCAUCUGCAGAUCUUGAAGAACGAGCUGGUAUAGUUUGGGAUAAAAGAGUUAAAGAAAACCCUCAUCUGUUCAAUGGGACGAAGUUUCGUUUUGCCGGACUAUCAGUGACGUCAGGUGAGGUAGUGACACGUAAGGAUCGUAAAGUAAACUUUGUACUUCCAGAUCGCACGUCAGGAUGUGAUGUCGAACUGAAGACCGGUUUCAGCAACUACAAAGAUUACACCUCCACCAACAUGAGCGCUCUGGCCGAGGAGUUUAAAAAGCACGGCAUGGACAAGUACAGUGAUCCCCAAGCUUGUAUGGCGGACAUCAUCGGUCACAGCGCACUGCUCAUCACUUCCGACAACUUUGUUGUCAUCCAGCUCAGAUCUCAGACAGUGGGCGAGGGUGCAGGUAUGUGGCACUUCCCUGGGGGGCACCCCGAACCGGAGGAGUUGGGAAUAUCUUGCAGUGAAGACAUGGCUGAAACGGAGCCCGGCAAGAUCGUCGACGAGAUUUAUGAUAGUCUGUUGAGAGAGAUGAAGGAAGAACUGAACCUAUCUGAGGAGGACUUGAGUGACCCAAUGUUGGUGGCGGUCGGUAAAGACAAGGAAUCAUACUACAAACCUGAGUUCAACUUCAUGCUACAUUCACGUCUGACUGCACAGCAGGUUUCAGAAAAAUAUUUUGCAGAGGAUUUCUCGGAUUGGGAAUCAGAUGACAUUGGAUUUUUGGAUGUCAGGCAGCUUGAUCUGACCGAUAAACAGUGUGUCAAUUUGUUCAAGUUUAAAAGUGAUGAACCUGAGGUUGUUACCGUGAAUGUUGAACAAAUUGCUAACAGCUCACUUCAAUUCUUGGAAAACUUGCAUACUGCUAUUAGUUAUAAUCCAAAACUUUUCAGUGUCUAGACCAAUUUUAUCAUGAAACCAUAUUAUUUAUAACUAUUACUCAUAGACUUAUCUGAUAUGAGAGAUUAGCCAGAAAUUUACAGUUUAUGCCACAUAGUUUUAUAUUUAGUCUUAGAAAUUGUUUUGUGAUGGAAUCACGAAAAAAGUCACGUUUGUUAGAGCCAUGAAAUAACAACAAAUAGGUAUUUUAUUGUCGGCAUAUUGAGAAAAUGUAUACCUUUUCGCGUUGAGUUGACAAUUUUCACCGGCGUGUACAUCUCGCUAGGCAAUAUAUAUAAAUAUGCAGUAUGCACCCCAACUUUAAAACUUCAACAGCCAUUUGAUGACCGAAGUAUGGAUUUUUCGUCAAUUUGUGAAGACUUUGAAGAAUCAUGUUCGGCCUGAACUGAACACUGCGAAUUUUUGCGCUUCUAAUUUCAGAAUUUAUCGGUUAUAUUCGAUCAUUUCUCUGCAGCACCUUCGGUUCCCAGAUUAAGUUUCGUGUAUGUGUUGAACAUUGGCUUAAGUUAUUAGUGUGCGUAUUAAGACAUUAUGUUAAGACACAUAAUUUAUAUUUUAGCCGAGAUUAUCACGAUGAUCUGAACGAUUUACUUCUUUAAUUUGUAUUACAUAAGUUACACGGUUUAAACUGCCAUUUUUUUGUUUAAUGGUUGUCAUCGCGACCUGAAUUGAUUUAGCAGAAAUGUUCUUCACGUAAUUUUUAUCUGACUAGGAUUUUAACUAUAUAAAAAUGUAAUGUACCUCUUCUGUUAUUUUUCUU